AUGUGCACUGAGCACUAUGCUGAAUGCCCAGUCUGCGGGAAGCAAUACCUUGUAUACGUCGCGUUCUGUCGAAACUAUCAUCCCCCGCACACCCGUUGCCCAUGGCAAAUAAAAAUUGAGAGAAACGUCAUGGAGGAAGGGCGGUGUCCGAGUCCCGUCUGCCCAUUCAGUCGUACAGGAGGAUGCCAAGUCAGUUAA